CCCUCGAAGCCGGAACUCAGCCAGCUCUCGUCGAUCAGCGAACGGCCCCCGCACGACGCUGCUCCCGGGAUCCCGCUCCCGCCCACGCCCGCGCCCUCGGUCCCCACCAUCGGUAACUUGUUCCUAUCUUCGUGUCCCGGCAAAAAGGUCCGUCUAAAUGGCCCGGUGCGCGGGCGCGGCGCGAUCUGCCGCGAUCUCAAGCAAGACCUCGAGAGGAUGAAGGACGCGGGGGUCGGCUGCGUCGUCUGCUGUCUCGACGACGACGAGCUCGAGUUCCUCGGCGCGCCCUGGCCCGUGUACUCGCAGGUCGCCAACGAGCUCGGGCUGGACAUCCUCCGGAUCCCGAUGCCCGAGGGCCUCGCGCCCGUGUCGGCGCACACCCUGGACGCGCAGCUCGCGCGGCUGAUCUCGACGUACACGCUCAACGGCGCGCACGUGCUCGUGCACUGCCGCGGCGGCGUGGGGCGCGCGGGGCUGAUCGCGUGCUGCUGGAUGCUGCGGCUCGGGCUGUGCGGCACGCCGCUGCCCGCGCGGCGCGGCGUGGGAGAGGUGCGGGCGGGCACGCUGCAGCUCGUGGAGCGGGUGGUGGCGAUCGUGCGGCGGCGGCGGAGCCUCAAGGCGAUCGAGACGUACGAGCAGGUGAAGUUCCUGGUCGGGUACGUGGAGUUCAUGGCGGAGAGGGCGGCGGAGGGGGGGCGUCUAUUAGGGUGA